AUGUUAAGCUCUCAAGGAAAUAUCAAUUCAUAUUCAUCUAUUAAAAAAAACAAUCCUCCUUCAAUAAUGAAAAAGUCAAUAUUAAAUACCAGUAUUUUGAAACCACAACCACCACUUCAACCACAGCCACAGCAACCACAACCGCAACCACAGCAUAAUAAUGGCAGUAAUAAUAAUAAUAUAAAUCAUCCACCACAGCAAAUUUCAAAUAGCUCUGUUAAUCAUCUACCACAAAUUAAUAAAACUAGUCCACUUAAACCAACACUCCCAUCUGUAAAUAAACAAGCACCACAACCAAUUGUACAAAAACCAACUUCAACAAAUGAAAUUAAAAGUGUAAAUAGUAGUCCCCAAAUUCCAAACGCAGCUUUAGAUUCACCAUCUAUAAAGCCAAACCAACAAGAUAACGAAAAUAAAUCUUUAGGUGAAUUAAACUCACAAGAAUUCAGUCUUUCAAUUGAUAUGAAUGAUGACCCAUUUAAAUAUCUUCAAGAGGGCACAAACUCGACAGACAAUGAUAUAAUUAUUUUAGAUUUAAACAAGACAAUUGACAAAGAAAAGGACCAUCCCAAAGAAAAUAUCAAUAAUGCAAAUAAUAAUAAUAAUAAUAACAAUAGCAAUAAUAAUAAUAAUAAUAAUAAUAAUAAUAAUAAUGAUAAUGAUAAUAAUAAUAGCGAGAAUAAUAGCACUUCCAAUGAAGAAAAAGAAAAAGAAACUAGUAGCGAUAACAAUAAUGCGAAUAAUACUGAUGAUAAGGAUAAUAAAGAUAAUACUGGUGGAAAUAAAAGCAAUCGCUCAUAUAAUGCUAUCAUUCAAAGAUUGGAGAUGCUCGAAAAGGAAAAACAACAUGCACAGGAAUUAAAGUUACAACUAGCAAAAACUCAAGAGGAGCUUAAAAAAUAUCAGAAUCAAGAAGUUCAGGAUGAAUCACCCUUUAAUAACCAUCCAUCAACUAGAAUUUCAAAUUUAAAAGUUCUUUUACCAAACCAAAACCAAGCCCCACCACAGCAACUACCACCACAACAACAACAAACACCACAGGCAUUAAAGAAUAAAUACUCAAACAUAGUUGGUGGAAAUAAAGGCAGUCCAAAUACUCUCAGUAAUAAUAGUAAUAAUUCAAAUAAUACAAAUCCAAGCAAUACUAACAAUAACAAUAGUACCUCUAGUACUGGAAGUAGUAAUAGAACGGUUGGAUCAAAAGAUAAAAGAAACACAACUACCCCAUUAGCUCCACAAACAACAUCCUCAACAACACAUCCAGCCCCUGGUAUUCAAAACAUAAUAUCAAAAAGACAAAAAUCAUCAGAUAAUGUUGAUGUAUCAGCAGCUAAAUCAAACGAUAUAUUUGAAGCUCCACAAGAUUUCAUUGAACCAAUUGAUUCAUCUGGUGAGUCUGUUACACUUCCCUCUGUAAAUAUAAUUGAAAAAUCAAUUGCAAAGAAACACAGUAGCGAAAGACCAUCUUCCACAUCAUCAACCUCACAUUAUGAUAACAUUGAAUAUUGGAAAAGUUUGGUUAGUAAACUACAAAUUCGUUUAAAGAAUGUCUCAUUGGCUAUGAAUGGUGAAUUCGAUAAAAAAGAAAGACUAAAGGAAGAAAUCUCACAGGUUAUCAAGACUGAGCUUCAAAAGAAUCUUAAAUUGGGUGGUAUAAUUUCAUCAUCAACAACAAAUAAUAAUAAUUCAGAGCUCAUUCAAAAACUUAAUCAAUAUGAACAAAAGAUUAAUCAAUAUGAACAAAAAUUUGCACAACAAGACCAAAAACUUUUACAACAAGAACAAAAAUUUGCACACACCCAGGAGACAAAUAAACAACAGUUUGAAAGUGAAAUAGAGAAAUUAAAACAAACUCAUCAAAAGGAACUCGACAAUACAAUUAAAGAAUGCCAAUUAAAGAUUAAAGAAAGGGAUGACGAAACUAAAAUACUCAAAGAUUCGUUUGAAAAGAGAAUUCAAUUAGAAAUGGAUGAUCAUGAUUCAGAACUUGAAGAUUUGAAGAAAAAUCAUGAAAAGCAAAUUGAAAGGAUGGUUACCGAACUUCAAACUUGGAAAAACGCAUCAAAGCUGCUUCAUCAAAGAAUUGCUGAACUCGAAUCUAUCACAAAAGAAAACGAACCAAAAGCAACUGAAAUAAAAGUAACUGAAACAAAAGAAAUUGAAACAAAACAAGAAAUAAUAGUAGAUAAUGAUAUUAAUAAAUCCAAUUUUGAAGAUGAAGUGCAAGAGGAAGAAGAAAUUAGCAGCACUGCGGCUCUGACAAAUGACCAUAACCCAACUCAACAAAAAGAAAAUGAACAACCAUUGCUUUCCCAAAAUGAUCAUCUUAAACAAGAUUCAGAAAAUCCAGAGGGCCAAUCACAAGACCAACUUCAAUUAACACUUUAUGAUCAACCAUCUACCAACACCUUUGAUGAUUUUCCUGCUAGUAUCAGCUCACACCCAUUACUAUUAACAAACAAUGAUUUCACUGCAAACCAAAAUACUGACAAGUUUAACACUCAAGAUUUUUCUGCUAUGUUACCAGAAAGUAAUAAUAUGGCCUUUAAUGACUUUUUCUCCUCAAUGACAGCUACCCAACGCGAUAAUCUUUUACAACUUUACCAACAACAGCAACAACAGCAACAACAAUAA